GCUGCCGGCUGGCCCUGGGGCCAGUGGAGUGGCAGCCCCAGAACCCACGGCCAGGGCUGACAGGCAGCCUGGGCGCUCGAGCAGAGCCGUGUGGAGGCCUUAGGCCCAGAGCUCUCUGCCCGCCCGGACUCGCCAGUGCACCUCGUUCCCUGCACCCCUUUCCUCUCAGGGAGCCCCCAGGAUGGUGAGGUGGUUUCACCGAGACCUCAGCGGGUUGGAUGCAGAGACCCUGCUCAAGGGCCGCGGUGUCCAUGGAAGCUUCUUGGCCCGGCCCAGUCGCAAGAACCAGGGUGACUUCUCCCUCUCCGUCAGGGUGGGGGAUCAGGUGACCCACAUUCGGAUCCAGAACUCAGGAGAUUUCUAUGACCUGUAUGGAGGGGAAAAGUUUGCGACGCUGACAGAGCUAGUGGAGUACUACACGCAGCAGCAAGGCGUCCUGCAGGAUCGAGAUGGCACCAUCAUCCACCUCAAGUACCCGCUGAACUGCUCCGACCCCACCAGUGAGAGGUGGUACCAUGGCCACAUGUCUGGGGGGCAGGCAGAGACACUGUUGCAGGCCAAGGGUGAACCCUGGACAUUUCUCGUGCGUGAGAGUCUCAGCCAGCCUGGAGAUUUUGUGCUGUCCGUGCUCAGUGACCAACCCAAGGCUGGCCUGGGCUCCCCGCUCAGAGUUACUCAUAUCAAGGUCAUGUGUGAGGGUGGACGCUACACGGUGGGUGGUGCAGAGACCUUUGACAGCCUCACAGACCUGGUGGAGCAUUUCAAGAAGACAGGGAUUGAGGAGGCCUCGGGUGCCUUCGUCUACCUGCGGCAGCCAUACUAUGCCACUCGGGUGAAUGCAGCUGACAUUGAGAAUCGGGUCUUGGAACUCAACAAGAAGCAGGAGUCUGAGGACACAGCCAAAGCCGGCUUCUGGGAGGAGUUUGAGAGUCUGCAGAAGCAGGAGGUGAAGAAUUUGCACCAGCGGCUGGAAGGGCAGCGGCCAGAGAAUAAGAGCAAGAACCGUUAUAAGAACAUUCUCCCGUUUGACCACACCCGAGUGAUCCUGCAGGGACGUGACAGUAACAUCCCUGGGUCCGACUACAUCAACGCCAACUACGUCAAGAACGAGCUGUUAGGCCCCGAUGAGAACACUAAGACCUACAUCGCCAGCCAGGGCUGCCUGGAGGCCACAGUCAAUGACUUCUGGCAAAUGGCAUGGCAGGAGAACACCCGCGUCAUCGUCAUGACCACCCGGGAGGUGGAGAAAGGCCGGAACAAGUGUGUCCCGUAUUGGCCAGAGGUGGGCACUCAGCGUGCGUAUGGACCCUACGUAGUUACCAACUGCAGGGAACAUGACGCUGCAGAGUACAAACUCCGUACUUUACAGGUCUCCCCACUGGAAAAUGAGGACCUGGUUCGGGAGAUCUGGCACUACCAGUACCUGAGCUGGCCUGACCAUGGGGUUCCCAGUGAGCCUGGAGGUGUCCUCAGCUUCCUGGACCAGAUCAACCAACGGCAGGAAAGUCUGCCUCAUGCAGGCCCCAUCAUUGUGCAUUGCAGUGCAGGCAUCGGCCGCACAGGAACCAUCAUUGUCAUCGACAUGCUCAUGGAGAGCAUCUCCACCAAAGGGUUGGACUGUGACAUCGACAUCCAGAAGACGAUCCAGAUGGUGCGGGCGCAGCGCUCGGGCAUGGUGCAAACGGAGGCACAGUACAAGUUCAUCUAUGUGGCCAUCGCCCAGUUCAUUGAAACCACGAAGAAGAAGCUGGAGGUCAUGCAGUCCCAGAAGGGCCGGGAGUCAGAGUAUGGGAACAUCACCUACCCCCUAGCCAUGAAGAACGCCCAUGCCAAGGCAUCCCGCACCUCUUCCAAACACAAGGAGGACGUAUAUGAGAAUUUGCAGAGUAAGAACAAGAAGGAGGAGAAGGUGAAGAAGCAGCGGUCGGCGGACAAGGAGAAGAGCAAGGGUUCCCUUAAGAGGAAGUGAGCCAGGCCUCAGGCCUGAUCCUUGCAGAGGCCUCCCGUGGACCAACCACAGCCGGAACUUAGGAGCCCGCCCCCAUUCUAUUGUAAUUUAAAAGACUGCAUCCCUACUUCCCUCUUCCUGACCCUGUAUAUAGCCCAGCAAGGCCCCAGGUGACCCUAGGCCCUUUACUCUUGUAAAUAAAGCCCCAGGGAAUCACUG